AUGGGGUGCUGCCCAGGGGACUGCUUCACCUGCUGCCCUCAAGAACAAGACUGCUGUGAAGUGUGCUGCUGCCAGCCCGCCUGCUGCGGCUGCUGCGGGUCCUGCUGUGGCUGCUGCGGGUCCUGCUGUGGCUGCGGGGGCUCGGGCUGCGGAGGCUCGGGUUGCGGAGGCUGCGGAGGCUGCGGGGGCGGCUGCUGUGGGAGCAGCUGCUGCGGAAGCGGCUGCGGAGGCUGCGGAGGCUGCGGGGGCUGCGGGGGCUGCGGGGGCUGCGGAUCCGGCUGCUGCGGGUCCAGCUGCUGUGGCUCGUCCGGAUGCUGCGGCCCCGUCUGCUGCCAGCCCACACCUGUUUGCGAGACGAAGUGA